UGAGAGCAUUACCGGGCCAUGGAUGCCACGCUAGAAAGCAAACCCCAGAAAGCUCCUGGGAUGGCCGGACAUUCUUUGUGCAUCUGCCUGCAGCUGCAGUGCUGGUCAUCCUAGCUUGACAUGUUAGGUUUCCACCAGGCCUGCUUCAUUACAUUGUGUGUGUGCACUCACCUGGGUAUCGAUCAGCUGGUGCCAUCUAGUAACAGUUGGUGCUCUGGGUGUGCAUGCUCUUGCACGUGUAUGGUUUCCCCACCAACAUCAUGGUGGGUCAUCACCAGGGAUGGAACAUAGGACCCUCAGCAUGAGCCUCUACUACCUGAGCUAAAAGAUGUAGUAGAUUCUUGGCCUCUUAUGUGGAACAACGACUAGAGGGCGACAGAGACGUGUGCACCUAGCGUGGCUUACACGUGCACCACCCACUAUAUGGGAUGUAUCGGGUGGUGUGCAUCGAGGCGCACGCCUGCCCCUUGGUGGCUGAACGAGCAUGGGCUCGCAGUUGGCUGACGAGUGUGGUGUCUGCGGCCAUGGAUGAUUAUGAGGCCUGCACUGGAGAUGCGUGCUGGCUGCUGGAUCCCAGCCUGAUGGCCCGAAGUGGGCUCAGUCUCGGUCUGUGACCUCCAGCCAUGGCACUUGAGACAACAGAGCUUCCUACUCACAAGUGGAGCUCCAGCGAGGCGGAGGGUAAAGCUCACUCUAAUGCUGUCUCUCCUCGCUGCAGCCCAGAGGGGGUGGAGGCAGGCAGCCAUGACAGUCUCCUACACGCUGAAGGUGGCCAACGCCCAGUUUGGGGGCUUCUCCAAGCUGCUCUUCAGGUGGAAGGGGAGCAUCUACAAACUGCUCUACAAGGAGUUCUUUGUCUUUGUCAUGCUGUACGCGAUGCUGAGCAUCACUUACCGGCGGCUGCUGACUGAAGAGCAGAAGCGGGUCUAUGUGAAAGUGGCUCAGUACUGCAACCGCUCCACGGACCUCAUCCCCAUGUCCUUUGUCUUGGGUUUUUACGUCACGCUGAUCGUGAACCGGUGGUGGGCUCAGUACACUAGCAUCCCGCUGCCUGACCAGCUGAUGUGCGUCAUCUCCAGCACCGUCCAUGGGAAGGAUGAAAAGGGGAGGAUCCUGCGGCGCUCGCUCAUCCGUUAUGCCAACUUAUCCUCCGUGCUCAUCCUGCGCUCUGUCAGCACCAGGGUGCUCAAGAGGUUUCCAACCAUGGACCAUUUGGUAGAAGCAGGCUUCAUGACACAGGAAGAGCGCAAGAAGUUUGAGAGCCUCCACUCAGACUUUAACAAGUACUGGAUCCCCUGCGUGUGGUUCACCAACCUGGCUGCCCAGGCGAGGCGAGAUGGGCGGGUCAGGGACGACGUGGCCCUCCGCUUACUCAUAGAUGAGCUGAAUCUGUACCGUGCCAAAUGCAGCAUGUUGUUCCACUAUGACUGGAUCAGCAUCCCACUGGUGUACACACAGGUAGUCACAAUCGCUGUCUAUUCCUUCUUCGCCUUCUGUGUGAUCGGGCGGCAGUUUCUGGAGCCCCUGGACCCAGAGCAAGAUCAGGACCAGGAUCUGGAUCUGUACGUCCCUCUGACCACCCUCCUGCAGUUCUUCUUCUAUGCUGGCUGGCUGAAGGUAGCAGAACAGAUCAUUAACCCAUUUGGAGAGGACGACGAUGACUUUGAAACUAACAAGCUGAUCGACAGGAACUUGCAGGUGUCCCUGCUCUCCGUAGAUGACAUGUACCAGAACCUGCCUCUAACAGGGAAGGACAAAUACUGGAAUGAAUCCACAGCUCAGCCACCUUACACCAUCGCCACAGCUGCCGAGACCUUGAAGCCCUCCUUCCUGGGAUCCACCUUCGAUAUGCGGAUGAGUGAUGACCCGGAGCAGAGCCAGCAGGUGGAGGCCUCACCCAGCCUGCCCCGCAUGCACACACCCUUACUCAACCGCUUCCUGACUGCAGCCGCCUCCCCCGCUGUCAGCCUGAAGAAUUUCGGGAGGAGCAACCGGGCCCACCACCACCUUUUGCGCCUGAGGGGCGAGGGCGGCUUCCCCUCUCCAAACCCCCGCUGCGGCGAGGGCCCCGAAUUAGUGGGCCGCAUCGAGGAGGAAGAGACAGAAGAUGAGGCCAGCGAGCCCCCCACGCCUGGCACCCGCCUCAAGGCACCCAGCCGGCUGGAAGCCUCACAGGGGCCGCGGAAGGAGAACCCCCAGAUCCGAGUGAGGCAGCCCUCUGACGAGAGCAUCGACAUUGACCAGUCGGCUGCCUAGAGGCAGCAAGCUCAGCAUGCCUCGUCACGCCACUCUCAGUGCGAGCUGUGCCCCCGGCACCUGUCCUCUAGGCCUGGCAGCUCAUGUGAUAGUGCCGCCAGCUAAAGGCCUGAUCCAAAACCCACUGAAAUGAAGGGAAAGACUCCCCCUGGCUCAGUAGGCAUUGGAGCAGGCCCCUAGGGCCGGAAGCCAGACUGUAGUGAUUAACUCAAAUGCUGCAAAGGGUUCGAUAAGGAUCGUGCUCUACAGAAAGCCCCGUUGCCAGUUCCCCAUCACAUCCUUCUGGUUGCCACAGCCCAGCUGUUUGUCACCCACUGAAUCUAAGAACCAAACUGAGGGACACAGGAGAAAUAUUCAUACCGGAAACUUAAAACGCUGUGAGACGCCUCCCAUGAGGGUAAAUAAAUUUCUCCCUAGCCUCACCUGUGUGAUCAUUUAUUGCGGAUGUCAAUCGCUUUCAACAAUACAAACUCAGGACAUCACACGUGUGUGGCACACGGGGAGCAGUGAGGCUAAAAUAAGACAGAGAAGAGGGAUUCUCGUAUGAAUCAUUCAGUCUUUCAGCUGGAGCCGUCGUUUGACUGACUUGCGCCUCCCUCCGCAGUUGUUAGGUUUGAGAGGGUAAGGUCAGAAGGGACCACUAUCUAGCAUGAGCACCUGCACCCGCCCACUAGCCUCACAACCAAAAUGAGACCAAACGAUUACAGCCCAUAGAUUUAAAACAAUUUAAAGUUUAAAUUUAAAAAACAAACUUUUUAACCUGGUUUAAGCGAUUUGGUGUUUUUGUAAUGGGAUGAUGCAGUGAUCAGAUCAAGUUCCAUGACAAUAACACAGUGAUCACGGAUGAGAAAUCAACCUUCAAAAUUU